CAGUGCGGUGUCCACUCUUUCUCUUCCCCUGUAUAUUAACAGAAGCUAAAGGCGAGAGGCGGCUGACAAACCCUAAUCCCAUUUUGCUAUCGAACAGCGAAGAUGCAGAUCUUCGUGAAAACCCUGACGGGUAAGACCAUCACCCUUGAGGUCGAAUCCUCCGACACAAUCGACAACGUGAAGGCAAAGAUCCAGGACAAGGAAGGCAUCCCACCGGACCAGCAGCGGCUCAUUUUCGCCGGAAAACAGCUCGAGGAUGGUCGAACUCUAGCUGAUUACAACAUCCAGAAGGAGUCCACUCUCCAUUUGGUGCUCCGUCUCCGUGGUGGUGCUAAGAAGAGGAAGAAGAAGACUUACACCAAGCCUAAAAAGAUCAAGCAUAAGAAGAAGAAGGUUAAGCUUGCUGUGUUGCAGUUUUACAAGGUGGAUGAUUCUGGAAAAGUCCAGAGGCUUCGUAAGGAGUGUCCUAACGCUGAGUGUGGUGCUGGUACUUUCAUGGCUAACCACUUUGACCGUCACUACUGUGGUAAGUGUGGCCUCACUUACGUUUACAACAAGGCCGGCGCCGACUGAUUCUUCUAUUUAGCCCAUGUUUUUGUGAUGUCGUGGAUUUUCUCUAUAUUCUAGAACCGUAUUUUGUAGUUAUUUGGAAACUUCAGUAAACAGUAUUUGCUGGAUUGUUCUCAGUUUUGGAUUAUCAAAGUGAAAUUUAUAUUCCUAUUUUAUCCUU